AUGGGUCGUCCUCCGAUGCACGGUUCUUCGAGCCAACCUCGAGCUUGUCUCAAUUGCCAGAAGCGCAAAAGCCGAUGCCAACCUAGCGUCAAUGGCCCUGGGCCUUGUUCAUACUGCGCCCGCGCGGGCAAGGACUGCAGCUUCGUGAAUCCACCUGAUCGGACACGGCUUACGCGGAAGAACCUCGAUACGAUUGAGCUACGCUGUAAUAAACUUGAGGCUCUGAUUCGGUCGCUGCAUCCUGAUAUGGACAUUGAUGCUGCUCUCGCUAACCUAGAGUCUGGCCAACAAGUCAUCAGACGAACUGAGCCAGAGUCGGACGAUGACUCUCCUGAGCACGAGGAGCCAGCACAUGAGUAUGAGUGGAGUGAGCCAUCAUUACCGCCAGAUUUCGACAGUCAAAACGAUGAAGCCGCGGCUAUGGAUGGUAUGGCUACGCUGAACAGCCUUGAUGCUGGAUAUUUAGGCAGUAGUUCGGGUGCAAACCUUCUACAAGAAAUUGCAUCAAUGCUUCCAGAACUCGCGGCAUCAAAUUCCCCUGCCACGAGUCAUGGAAAGUCUCCCAGCCAAACACAUAAGUCAAAACCGUCCCUUGAUCCGCCCAAUCUAGCAAACGAAUCAUUGACAAACUAUUUCGUCGAUGCUUACUUCUUAUUCUAUAAUGUAUCAUAUCCAAUUCUUCACGAGCGAUCCUUCCGCCAGAAACUUGCCGCUCGGGGCAUGCGACGUGGCAAGUCAUCGUGGAAUAUCAUCUAUUACCUUGUGUUAGCCAUCGGGCACUGGAUAUCAACGUCGGAUAGGCACCACGCAGGCUCGCGAUUCUACACGGCUGCGAGGAACUCGUUGUCAAUCCAUAUGCUAGAAUCUGGUACGCUUGAAACCUUGCAAGCGCUUCUUCUGAUGAGCAAUUAUUUGCAGAAGAUGGACAAGCCAAACACAGGCUAUCAGUUCACAGGUAUCGCGUACAAGAUGGCCCUUGGACUUGGAAUGCAUCGAGAAUCGCCGAAGCUACAAGAUAACGUUGGACUUGAAAGGCGGAGACAGUUGUUCUGGGUCCUUUACUGCUUCGAUAGCGGGUUCAAUAUUACAACAGGGAGACCGCCAUAUGCGCAGGAAGGUAUCAUUGAUACCGCACUACCAAGAAAUAUUGACGACAAGGACCUCGAACAUACCAUGCCCCUCCCUCCUGAACUCGACACACCAACGACACUAUCUGCCAUCAUCGCACAAGCAGAACUUGCGAAACACGCAAAUUCGCUAUAUCUAGAGUAUCUCACCGCGAAGACAUCCAACACCAAGGUCGAGUACCAAGUCGCCGAGACUAUAGAACGGACCCUCUCCGAUUGGCGGCAGAAGCUGCCACAGUACUUCACUUCUGCAGACGUCCCAGUAUGGUUCGCUGGUCCGCGGGCUGUUGUUCUGUGGAAAGAACAGAAUCUGCGCAUUCUUCUUUGGCGCGGAAGUAAGCGAACCCAUCCGUAUCUGCCGAACAAGACCGAUGCGGAGACACGCUGUCUUGAUGCUGCCAUGCAAAGCAUAAACGACAUAACAGCUUUCUGCAGCGAAAAUGAAGGUAUCUUGCAUCUAGGUAUUGUCUGGUAUGCCACAUAUUUCUUGUUUCAAGCCGCUCUUGUUCUUGAAGCGAGCUAUCUAGAUCGUGAGGCCCAGGACAAGCUAGAUCACGAGACGGCCGAUUGGCGAUUGAUGGUCCACAAGGCGCAGAGCUGCCUGGUGGCUUUCUCAGCGAGAAGCAGAUCAGCCAAGCGGUGCUUGGAGAUUUUGGAACUCAUAGAUAGAAGGGCAGAAACAGCAGCGAACACUCGUCGAACUGUCCUCACAGUGCCCGAGCUUGUUGAUGAAGCACCAGCUGCGCUACAGCCCCCAGUGGGUGACACUGAGGCAUCUCUUCCACCAGCUGAUCUACAGAAUUUUGGUGGAGAUCUCUCCAUAGGGACGUGGACACUGAACGACGAUGGAUCAGAUCCUACAAUGAGGAUGAUCAUGGAUAAUACCCCAUGGGGAUACCUUGAUAAUGCACCCAUGGAUACUCUGUUUAACGACUGGUUACCUCAAGAUACUUUUGAAGAAUAA